GAAUAAAAAAGAAAAUAUUAGGCUGGAUGACUUUUAUCUUUAUACACACAUACGCUCAAGGGGAAGGGAGUGGGUUCUUAGCUAAUAAAAAAAGCUCGAAAAGGUGA